UAGCAAUUUAACACGAGUUUAGUCGCGUUGUUAAAAUGAAAUUUUACCAAAUGUCUCUCCUGUUGCUAAGUGCGGGGCUAUUCGACUCAAUGUUUGGGGCUUCAAACGUCAUACCAACCAAAGAAGAACAAGCAAAUUUACUAACAAACGUCCAGGAAGUUUUCGAACAGGUGAAAAUCCUCGUCAAUGUGGAGGCCAACUCCACUGACAAAUCCGUCGUUUGUGACAUCAAUAAAAUGGUCGAGAGGGCGAAAGACAAGCUUGAACUCGUCGAAGAACUCUCACUUACCAAAAUGUCGUGCACAAACAACGCUGUUUGCAUGCUCGACUCCAAGCAAACAAUUCGGAAACUAACCGUUGAGGGAAUCACAGCGUUGAAAUCCUGCAUCCAGCAGGGCUCGCAGGAUGUGACCACCAACUCAGCGAGUUUGACAAACUCGACGGUGUUUGCCACCGAAUGUGGUCAGAAUUUACUGGACACGCUGUAUAACUGUAGCAGGAAGCCGGGAUUGCAGGUAAUUUCCUGCUACAAGGAUGUGAUCGCCAAGGACGUGGCGCCCGUUAAAAGGAUGUUAUUGGGGGCGAUUGAAGCGCACAAAGAGGGGCAUUUCAGGACGAUCGAGAUUCGAAAUAUCGCCAAUGAUUGUGUUGAUCAAGUCAUGGAGAAGUAUCAAACGAGGAUUGCGAAAGUUUUAAGUGAUGCUUUGCAUUGUAGUUGAUUUUUUCUUAAAUAAAUUAUUUAUACGUA